AUGGUCCAAGGAAAUUAUUCUAGGGUGGCUGAGUUUGUGUUGCUGGGACUCUCUAGUUCCCGGGAGCUCCAGUAUUUCUUCUUUGUAUUGUUUAACUUCUUGUACAUGGCCAUUGUGCUGGGCAACUUCCUCAUUGUCCUCACAGUGAUCUCUGAACCUGCUCUGCACACACCCAUGUACAUCAUGCUCAGUAAUCUUUCUGUUCUUGAUGUGUUUCUGGCCACUUACGCAACCCCCAAGAUGAUCCACGAUUUCCUUCAUGAACCCAAGAUCAUCUCCUUUGAGGGCUGCAUGGCCCAGAUAUUCUUGCUCCAUGUCUUUGCUGGUGGUGAGAUGGUGCUCCUUGUAGCCAUGGCCUAUGACAGGUAUGUGGCCAUAUGCAAACCUCUCCAUUAUGCAACCAUCAUGAACUUGUGCAAGUGUACAGGUCUGGUGGUCAGCUCUUGGGUCAUUGGGGUCAUGCACUCCCUGAGCCAGUUAGCUUUCACUGUAAACUUGCCCUUCUGUGGUCCAAACAUAGUGGACUGUUAUUAUUGUGACCCUACUCUGGUCAUCAAACUUGCCUGUACAGAUACUUAUAUCCCUGAAGUGUUGAUGCUUUUGGAUAGUGGUCUCAUGGGAAUGACUUCUUUCUUGCUCUUGCUGAUCUCCUACACGGUCAUCCUGGUCACUGUACGACGUCGUUCCUCAGUGGGCAUGGCCAAGGCCCGCAGCACUCUGACUGCCCACAUCACUGUAGUGACUCUCUUUUUUGUACCCUGUAUCUUCAUCUAUGCCUGGCCUUUCAGCAACUUCCCAGUGGAUAAAGUCCUUUCUGUGUUCUCUACGGUUUUCACACCUGUACUGAACCCCAUUAUCUACACAUUAAGAAACAAAGAGGUGAAGUCAGCGAUGCAUAAACUGAAGACCCAGUAUAUAAGUUCCUGGCUGCUUUCCCCACCGUCUCUCACAAAACUAAAUUUGCUGAACUGA